CGCUUCUCCCCGCAGCUCGGUGCCGGUCCGUCGGCCAUGGCGUCCAUCACCUGCCGCGUGCAGCACCUGGAGGACUCGGAUCCGUUCAUCUGCACGAACUUCCCGGAACCGCGCAGACCUCCGACGGUCAACGUGGAGCAGAACAUCCCGCUCAGCGAGCAGAUCUCCGGGAUCCACAAGCUGCUGCAGGCGCCUCUAAAGUUGGAGGAGUGCACCCUUCAGUUGUCUCCUAAUGGAAACUAUCUGGACCUCGACUCGUCUCUGUUGGAGCAGAGAGACGAACUGGAGAGCUUCUAUGAAGACGUGAAUAAAGGAAAGAAGCCGAUCCUGAUCUUGAGGACUCAGCUGUCUGUUCGAGUUCACUCCAUUCUGGCUGGUUUCCACACUGGUUUCUGUAGAAACAGAUGA